AUGUUCUGCGAUGUCGCAAGCUUGUCGCAGCAUCGGAUCUCAGGGUCAGCAGCGUGUUGUGGCUGUUGUCGCCCUUGUGGCUUGGGUCUACUGAACGGCCCCUGCCCAGGGGUGGGGUGGGGCGGCCGCCGCAGGAAUGGAGAGGCCUCCAAGAAGGCAAGUUUCUUCUCAGAAGCCCUCCUGGCUUUCAGGAGGCCUUCUCAGAAGCUGCCGGGCUCUCCAGAGAAGGCCCCUGCCCUCCGAGCAGCCCCCGCCUUUUUGGAGGCCCACCCCCUUCGCGCCACCCCCCUCGUGGUCGCCGCCGCUCUGCGCCAGUCUCGGCGGGGCACCCUUGUGCUCUUCGCGUCCGGGCUCUCCGCCGGGGGCGUUCCUUCGUUCGGGAGGUACUUCCAGCAGGCCUUCUGGCCUUCGGCGAAGGGCCUCGCGAACUUGACCAGUGUUCUCGUGGCCAUGCCUCGACUGUGCCUCUGA